AUGACUGAUAAAAAGUGUGUAGGCAAGAAAUAUGAAUAUUUUUUGAAAGAUAAACUAGGAUCAGGAAGUUUUGCAGAAGUUGUUAAAGGAAAAAAUAAAUAAACAGAUGAAAUUGUAGCAAUCAAAGUAAUCAAACGAUCUAUCUUAGCAAAAUAUGGGUAUUUAGUUAUCAUUUAUAUUUUAGUGAUGAUAUCAUGAAUUAAAUUCAACUUGAAGUUAAAAUACUCAAAGAAUUAGCAAAUCUCUCAAAAUAAACUAAGUGUCCUUUUAUAAAUAGAAUAUACGAAUUCCUUGAAACAGCAAAUAACUUUUACAUUGUUUUAGAAUUCUGUAAUUAAGGAACUUUAUAUGAUAUGAUAAAGAAAGUUAAAAAGAUUGAAGAAAAAGAAGCUAUUUUCAUAUUAUUUCAAUUACUCUAGGCACUUGCCUUACUGGCUAAUAAUAAUAUAGCUCAUCGGGAUAUCAAACCAGAAAAUGUGUUUAUAAAGGAUGGAGUAUAUAAAUUAGGUGAUUUUGGUUUUGCAAGUUAAAAAUCUUUAUAUUAAACUCAUCUUGGCACAUUUCCAUAUAUGGCACCUGAGUUUUUUAAUAGUGAUUCAUAUAAUACUAAAGUUGAUGUAUGGGCGUUGGGACUUCUUACUCAUGAGAUGUUAUUUGGAGAAUUAUAUUAUAUUGGUAGAAGUCAAUACGAAGUCUAAUAAAAAAUAUUAACAAAGCCAUAUAUUUUACAUGAUUAAAGGUAUAAGGUAUCGGAUUAAUUAAAAAAUUUAUUAUGCAAAAUGGUUAAUAAAGAUUAAAAUGCAGUAUAUAUGAAUUAUAAAUUAUUAGAGAAUAUCUGCAUAAGAAGCCUUAAUGGAUCCUCUUUUUGAUUUCUGUAGAAAUGAUCAAAGAUAUCUAGAUAUUAUGGAAUUAGAAUAAUAAAAUUUAUAUCAAAUUAAUAAUAAUGAAUAAGUUGAAUAGAUAAGUUUAUUAUAAGAUGAAGAUAAAUAAUUAGAAGAAAAAAAGUAGAAAGAAGAAGAAGAGUAAUAGAAAAGAGAGAAAGAGAAAAUAAUAUAAGAAAAGAAUAGCUUUAUAUAGAGUGGAAUAAACUCUAUUAAAGAAGGAAUUCUAGAUAAAAUUUAAGGAAUUACUUUAAUGGUAUAAUUAGCAGAUUAUUUAUAUAAUACUAUUUAAUAAUUAUGCCGAUUUGAAAUUCUUUAUAUUUUGAAAUAAGCCACUAUUUUAAUUUAAUAAUUAAAAGUUAGACUUGAAUAAAAAGCUAUAUUAGGAAAACAUGAUCAUAUUAAAAUAGAAUUUGAUAGUGAAAUAUGGAUGUAUUUUUAUGAAGAUAAAACGUAAUAAAUAUAUCAAUAAUAGUGUAUUUUAAUUAAUUGAUGAUAUUGAAACUGAAAAAAAUAAAAUGAAAAAGAAAUAUAUUGAUUAUAUAAACUAAUUCAAUAAUUUUGCAUAUUGUAAUUUUCCAGAUAGUUAUCAUAAAAUAGAAACAAUUGCUAAUUUAAAUUUAAGCAAACCUAUAGAUAUUCAAUUAUAUUAAGAUUAAUUAUUUAUGAGAAUGUAAUUUUUAAAAUAGGAUUCUCUCAAAACAUAAAAUAAUGAUAUUAAACAAUAAAUAUAGAAAUGUUUAUUAUGGUUAUAUGCAGUUUAUGAAUAUUAAAAAUUAUGUUCAGGAUAAUUAUUUGAUAUCUAAAGAUUUAUAUAAGCUAUUAUAAAUGAUGAUUUAGAUGAAAUGAAAUCAUGUUUAAAUUUAAAAUGA